GAAUUAUUUAUUAAAUUAGAUGCCAUGGGGAAGACAAAGAAUGCCUCCAAAGCGCUGACACAGGAAGAAAUCUGGGACGACUCGGCGCUCGUGCAGAGCUGGGACGAGGCCGUCGAGGAAUACAAGCUCUACCACAGCAUCCACGCUAAAGGGGAGAAUGUUGAUGAUGUGCUGAGAGAGGCUGAAGAUGCUGAGCAGGCGGCUCGGGGGGAUAAUGUGCAGGUUGAUGCUAUGGAAGAGGGAGAAGAUGGAGAAGAAGGUGCUGAGGCUGAAGGUCAGUGUGUUGAGGCGGCACAGACUACAGAAGGACCUGCUGCAGCGUCUAACCCGCCACCGGCUGGGGGGAACCAGCAGCAGCAACAGAGUGCUCCCACAGCAACAGCAGCAACGGCACCAGCAACGGCCACGCCAAUGCCGCAUCCACUUCUCUCACAAGUCCAAGACGAAGGGCUAAAGAAUCUUAUGAUGUCCUGGUAUUACGCCGGGUACUACACCGGCCUCUACGAGGGGCAACAGCGGGCGAACAAGACCGACAAUCCAUGAGUGCUUUUCAUUAUCAUUCUUAUUAAGGACACGAAUACGCGGGUUGAGAUACAUCUCCGUUGCUAGGUAGGGUGACCUUCUACAAGGGGGCACAGGGGGUCAACCUGUCACUAUCCUGAGCAAUGUAUGGGUCAGUUGGUCAGUCAGUCAGUCAGUCAGUCAAGAGAGGGUUUACUGUAUCUAUAAUCAACCGGUUGACUUGGG